AUGGCGGGGCCGCGGGACCCCGCGGAGCGCUGCUCCUGCCGCAACACCGACUGCGUGGAGCGGCCGCUGCGCCGGCUCUUCGAAGGGCUGGCGAGCGGCGUGGCCGCCUGCCCCUGGCCCUUCGUGCUGGUGCCGCUGCUGCUGUCGGGCGGGCUGGGCGCCGGCUUCCUCUACCUGCCGCAGCGGGAGGCGAACGACAUCGAGGAGCAGUUCACGCCGACGUGGGGGCCCGCCAAGGCCGAGCGCGACUUCGUGCGGCGGCACUUCCCCCCCAACGACUCGGAGCGCUUCUCCGCGCAGCGGCUGCCCACCGAGGGCGCCUACGCCGCCCUCAUCGCCGCGGCGACGAACGGCAGCUCGGUCCUGGACCCGGCGGCGUGGGCGGACGUGCUGCGGCUCAACGCCACCGUGCACGACGCCGAGUACGAGCGGCUCUGCGCCCGCACCGCCGACGGCUGCGCCAGCCCCAACGCGCUGCUAUCGCGGCUGGGCGAUGCGGGACCGCCCGCCCCGGGGAGCCUCCGCUUCCCCGUCAACGGCGGCGACUUCCUGGGGACCGCGCUGGGCGGCGUGGAGACGGACGGCGGGCGGGUGCUCAGGGCGCGGGCCCUGAAGCUGGUGUAUUACCUGCGGGAGGACGGCCCCGAGGCGCAGGACAGCCGGCGGUGGCUGGAGAGCUUCCUGCGAGACAUCUCGUCCAAAGUGGCGGAUUUGCGCCUCGGCUCCAUUCAGGUGACUUACUUUACCUCGCUGUCCAGACAACAGGAGUUUGAGGGAAAUACCAGGAGUGUGGUCCCACUCUUCUCCAUAACAUAUUACCUGACAAUAACCUUUGCAGUCAUCUCUUGCCUAAGACUGAGCUGUAUAAGAAAUAAUACCUGGCUUGCAUGCUGUGGAGUGCUUUCUUCUGGCUUAGCUGUGUUAAGCAGCUUUGGAUUGAUGCUCUUCUGUGGAGUGCCAUUUGUGGUCACUGUAGCAAAUGCACCAUUCCUGAUUCUGGGGGUUGGCGUUGAUGACAUGUUCAUCAUGAUUGCUUCCUGGGAACAAAGUUUAAGGAAAAAAGAGAAAUCCAACGUUAAGUCUUUGCUGGCUGAGACUUAUGCAGAGGCAGCACUUUCUGUGACCAUCACCACUCUCACGGAUGUUUUGGCCUUCUUCAUUGGCACCUGGACUGCUUUUCCAUCCGUGAGGUCUUUUUGCCUCUAUACGGGCACAGCUUUUGUCUUCUGCUAUAUAUAUACCAUGACCUUCCUUGGGGCAGUUCUGGUAUUAAAUCACAAAAGGGAGCAAGGGAACCGACACUGGCUGACCUGCAUGCGUGUGGAUGUAGAUAAAGAUCAGGCUGAGAACUCCUGCUUGUACAAUGCUUGCUGUAUUGGCAGCUGUUCUCGGCAGCCAUCUCAGCCAGAAGGGGAGCAUCCAAUGACAGUAUUCUUUAAAAAGUAUUACGGCCCUUUUGUUACAAAUAAAUGGAUCAAGCUGCUCAUGGUGUUGCUGUACGGAGCAUAUUUGGGUGGCAGUGUUUAUGGGUGUACUCAGAUCAGGGAAGGCAUUGAUCUCCGAAAUCUGGCAAAUGAUGACUCCUACGUUAUCCCAUACUAUGAUGAUGAUGAGAAAUACUUCUCCACAUAUGGACCCAGGGUCAUGGUUGUCAUUACUGAGAGCGUAGAUUACUGGAAUGAGUCGGUGCGUCUUGACAUUGAGAGCUGUGCACAGAAUUUAGAGAACAUUUCCUAUGUAGAUAAGAACCUCUCAGAGUCAUGGCUGAGAGUGUACACAGAACUUGCCCCAAGGGCUUCAAUAAAUAUAAACAGUAAGACUGACUUCUUAAAUGGCUUAACUAUACUGUUCAGAAUUCUUCCCAGUUUUGAGUGGGACAUAAACAAGACUCAGGAUGAAAUAGAAGUUACACGUUUCUUCAUCCAGACAGUGAAUGUGACAUCAGCCGUGGAUGAGAAGAAUCUCCUCAAUCAGUUAAGAGAGGCAGCCAAGCAGUGCAGCAUUCCACUGCUGGUGUAUCACCCAGCCUUCAUCUACUACGACCAGUACCUGGUGAUAGUGCAGAACACUGUUCAGAACGUUCUCAUUGCUGCCGGGGCGAUGCUCGUUGUCUCCCUCCUGCUCAUUCCCAACCCCUUGUGCUGCUUGUGGGUGACUUUUGCCAUAGCCUCUGUUAUAGUUGGCGUUGCUGGUUUCAUGACGUUCUGGGACGUCAAUCUCGAUUCCAUAUCCAUGAUCAACCUGGUCAUUUGCAUUGGGUUUUCAGUAGAUUUUUCUGCUCAUAUUUCCUAUGCCUUUGUUACGAGUGGAGAGUCAUCAGCCAAUAAAAGGGCAAUUGAAGCUCUGUCCCUGCUAGGUUACCCAGUAGUACAAGGUGCAGUUUCUACAAUAUUAGGGGUUGUUGUCCUGGCUGCAGCAAACACCUACAUCUUUAGGACAUUCUUCAAGAUCAUGUUCCUUGUAAUUUUGUUUGGGGCUCUUCAUGGUCUUGUUUUUAUUCCAGCGUUUUUAACAUUUUUUGGAAACUUUGGCAGAUCACCCAAUGCCAAAUCUAAAAAACUUGAGCUUGAGAAAUUAUAAAGGUUGUUUGUGACUAAGUUUAAUGUGUUAUAAUUUAUAUUUAUUGUAUGUAGGUUCAAAUACAGUGACUGUCAGGGAAUAUAAGACAUGAAAGAUAAAAAAGACAAAAAAAAUUAAACACAACAGGGAAGCAAAGGCUUCAGAAUAGCCAGGCAAGUAAAAUAACAGAAGAAAUUAAAACUUUGAAAUUCCAUUUGCAAUUCUCUUUUUUGUGUCAACAUCUUAAUGUUGUUAAUUUUUUUUUUUUUUGUGUGUGUGUGUGUUUAAUGAAUGUAUUAAAAGAUUUAUAAACUCUGA